CUGCUUCAGAUCCUCAACAGAACAGUCCACUCCUGACACCAUGUGCUACUACGGCAACUACUAUGGUAGCCUGGGCUGCGGCUAUGGCUGUGGCUUAGGCUGUGGCUAUGGCUAUGGUGGCUAUGGUAGCUAUGGCUGCUAUGGUUACGGCUGUUGCCGCCCCCUGUGCUGUAGAAGAUACUGGUCCUAUGGCUUCUACUGAGGAGUUUCUACAUCUUCAAAGCCUUUGGUUACAAUCUCCUGUUUUACUGUCAUUAUUUUCAAUUAUUUUUAAAUGAUAAAUUUUUAAGUCUGCAAACUCCAACUACAGUUGGAACUAUCUAGAAUAAAAUAAACUGUUAUAUGUCAUAUUGAUUCA